GUGGGGGGCACAGCCAGAGGCGUCUCUCUGGUGUGUUGUGUGAUACAGUAAUGGCUGAAACGGCUGACUAGGCAGCUGAAGACUGGUUUGAAAAAGACUAAAUCACUUCCUGAUGAACCCUACCGAUCAGAAGAAGAACUGCGUGGCUGGCUGGAGGAGGCUGGGGAGAAAAACUGACACGUGGAUUACUCCUCCUAGGGCAUCAGGAAAAACAGUCUCCCUCCUCUAGCUCAGUUCCGCGAACCGUCGCCUGUUGUCCCUGUUAGUCCAGUCCUUCAGGUUAUGGCUAUAAAUGACGUAAAUCCGAGAUAUGAUUGUGCAAAUACUUUGUAAGAAGGCUGGUGUUUCUCUAUACGUUUACUUUUCUCACUGACUGAUCGACGGCGGGGGAAGAGAUUGAAAGUAAAUAGUCGAAGCGGUUGGAAGGAGGCUGCCGUUACCUCUCGUUGAAUGGCAGUUAUUCAAAAAUAUGGCAAGAACUAUAGUCCAGAUUUGGUCUGUCACAAGGAAAACCAUCCGUCUGAUAAGAUCGGAGCCCCUGGAUGUCACAAGAAGUGGGCUGAACACAACACCAACUGGCCAAGGCCAGUGGCGAGGGUAUGGACGGUGGUGCUGCUGCUUGGGACAUGCCUCCUCUACUGCGCUCGUGUGGCGAUGCCCAUCUGCGCCGUCAGCAUGGCAGAGCAGUUCAGCUGGACCAAGAGGGAGUCCGGCAUGGUGCUGGGCAGCUUUUUCUGGGGCUACUGCUUCACCCAAGUGUUCGGAGGCUACGUCAGUGACAGGGUGGGAGGUGAGAAGGUCCUCCUGCUGUCUGCGGCAGCCUGGGGGUCGAUGACAGCCUUCACCCCCAUCCUGGCCCACUUCUGUUCCCAGCCAAUCCUCUCCAUGACACUGGCCCGCUUCCUCAUGGGCCUGUUGCAAGGAGUUCAUUACCCUUCUCUCGCGAGUCUCUGCUCUCAAAAGGUGGUGGAAAGUGAGAGAGGCUUCCUCAUGAGCACCGUGGGUAGUGGCUCCUACCUGGGCACUCUGGUGAUAGGAGGGGCUGGCUCCCUCAUGUUGGACCUGUAUGGCUGGGAGAGCGUUUUCUAUGUCUCUGGUCUCCUCUCGGUCAUGUGGGCCUACUGCAUGUGGAAGUAUCUACUCAAAGGAGAAGGGCCUAUCAUCACCCUGGAGUCCCUGGGAAGUGGUGGGCCCCAAUCCAAACUGUCCAAGAGACAUUGGUUGCGGCUCCUCAAACAACCUGCAGUCUGUGCUGUGAUCGUUACACACCUUUGCACAGCGAGCACCUUCUUCACUCUUUUGUCGUGGCUGCCAACAUUCUUUAAAGACACUUUCCCUGAUGCGAAGGGUUGGGUGUUCAAUGUCAUUCCUUGGUUCGUGGCCAUACCCUCAUCCCUCUUCAGUGGCUGCCUGUCUGACCACCUCAUCAGUCAAGGCUUUGAUACAGCCUCAGUGAGGAAGUUGAUGCAGUUUUUCUCCAUGGGUGUGUCCAGUGUGUUUACCCUUCUUCUGUGUGGCAACACCACCUUCCCCUGGGCUGUAGCAUUUGUGUCUGCCACCAUGGGCCUCACCACCUUCAGUCACAGCGGCGUGUCUGUAAAUGUCCAAGAUCUUGCUCCUUCCUGUGCUGGAGCAUUAUUUGGUGUUAUGAAUACAUGCGGUGCUUUCUCAGGGGUCCUAAUGGUGUAUUUCUCGGGGUAUCUCAUUGAGGCCACAGGCUCGUGGGCGUCUGUGUUUGCCCUCAUCACCACAGUCAACCUGCUGGGCCUCUGCACCUUCCUGGCUUUCGCUGAGGCCCGCCGGGUCGACAUUGACUCUAGCAAGGUGCGCCACCACAACAUUCACAUUUAAAUCAGUAGUCAUCAGAUGGACAAGGGUGCUAUUCCCAAGGAAGAGGUGACCUUGGGCAACCAGCAGCUAGGACAUUAUCCGUGUUGGAGAACUGGCCAAAGGAGCAGCACUUGGAUAAAGCCUGCAUAUAACAUCGGGGAAACUUUGGAUUGGAUCCGUGUCUGGUUGAGGGAAGAACUGCAACAGUUACUGAAAAGCACACAGCAUUGUCUGCACAAUGUCACUGAAAAAUCUUAUCGAGUUGAAUCCUACAAAAACACAGCCGUGUCAGUGGAUGCUGUGUGAGUUCAGGGAGGAGGACCAAACUACCUCCAGAUCCCAGCUCGUGCAGCAGAUGGUGGUCACACAGUUGCUUGGCUACUGUUUACGCUUGUUACAGAAUGCGUUACUUAAGUCGCAGAGAUGGUUAUCCGAAAAAGCAGUAGCUCACUUUUUUGUGUGUGUACCGAAGGAGCUGUGAGAAUGAUGGAUGUGUUAGUCUCAGGAGCUCUCUGACAGCUGUGACAGACCAAGGUGGUGGGUUCUUACCCUGCGGGAAUGGGGGAGGCGGUGUUUUUGACGCAGGGAGAGUCCUUUAGAGUCUUUUAUUACUAUGCCCUACUCACCCAUCUCUAAGAGAACUGUCUGAGUGACACCUCAUUACCCAGCCACUAAUUACUUGGCAGGCACUCUAAUGUCCUGUACGAUUUACCUUCUACGGUCCCCAUCCCCAUGGUUACAAGCUCAUCUUAUCUUUACAGUUCGGAGCGGGUCAUGCUUUAUUUCAACACGGUUUUGAAUGAGUACAUUCUCCCUGAUUGUUGUCCUGAAGAAUAUCUUUGGAGUCAGGAGACCAAAGGUUAUUAAUUAUUUUUAUUUUAUUUCUAUGUGAUUGCAUGUAAUAGAAAUACCUCACCUAAUUAUUUUGUGAACUUAUAUAUUUAUAUGGCUUAUUGAUUCCCUUUGUCCAUUUCAAAAAUGUUUUUGAGAGAAAAAAUAUAUUCAGUUAGAUAACAGAAAAAGUAACAUAUCAGCUAAGAUGAUAGAAAAUCAGUUAGUUAUCAAAAUCUGAUGCAGUAUGGAAAAGCCAAUAGUUGUCCUCACCUUUUCUUCCUUUCUGACCUGCACUUUUCAGUCUAAAGAGACAUUGGUAGAAAGAAACUUGUCCAUAUAUUCACUUCCACCCUCAUUAUCACACUUAACAUCAUUGUUACCUAGCAUCUAGACAGGAAGUGAUGUCAGUAUUUGGGAAGGAGCUCGUUAGCAGAGGAGGAAUCACAUUCACUUGUCAUGCUGGUGUCAGACAGUGUUUUCACCCUCUGGCUCAUUAAGGCAACUUUAAAUACCAUAGUCUCCAUGUUACACACUGUCAUAAUGAAUGUUGCAGGGCAGGUGAGAGGAUUACAAAUCAUGUCUUGGGUUCAGUUCAGUUGAAGAGCUGGAGAAGAUUUGGUGUAAUAUUACUGCAAAGUCUGUAGCAACAGCAAGUUAGCUGCACAGUUCUGACUGAAUGUUGAAAUGAUUUUCCGUAGCAUUUCUGUUUUACAUUUCACGUCCAAUCGAGAUGCUUACUUGACAUGUGUACCUUUUUUAAAUCUAUGCAUUUAUUAUUUUUGUGCCUAAUUUAAAGCAAUGAGAAAACUGCAAGUUGUGCUCAUUGUGGUCACACAGUGUCAUUGAUCAUUGCACAUUGCUAAUAUUUGCCUUGUUUUGCAGGAGUUGCUUUUGUGUCACUUGUCAUUGUUAUUUACAUACAAAGGCACAUAGGCUCAUGUUUUCUUGGAUGUUUUCUACAUGCACUUGGAAGUUUAUCUUUUGGCUGAACAUUAUGUCUAAUUUCUGAAAUGCCUGUUAUGUUUCUUACAGUGCCAUGGUCAGUGGUUACAAAAAUGAAAUCUGAUAUCCACGUCAUUUUUGAAUUUGUACAUACACUAUGUUUUAUAGUGAUUGUACAAAAAAGUGUAUGCCUGGACCUUUCAGAUACACAAUUAAGUCUAUUUACAUAAGAAUGCUUUACAAAAAUAAUCAGCCUUCAACAUUUUUAUUUAUUUAUUUUUUUUGGAAACCAAUGCCACACAUUCCUCAGAUGUUUAACCCGCCUUAGCAGAUGUGCAUUAUUUACAGCUACGUUCAUCGCUAGCCCCUUUUUCUCAGUUACUGUGUUGAUGUCCUGUAAAACGUAAACAUUUACAUGAUAAUUCGCUGGAGUUCUGUUCACCAACAUAUCUCACUGUAGGUUCCUGAAAGCCUUCUGGCAAUUAGUUUUUAAUAAUGUGUAAGAUAUGUAUGAUAAAGAGAAAAACAUUAUUGCAAGAAAAUGCAGUAUUCUAAUGCUUUUGAGAUAUGUUAUUGAUUUAAAAUCAUAUAUAAACUUUGAAUAAAAAUAUAUUUUGUCAGCA